GCCACCUGCUUCUACAUAGCAGUUUCUUAGCUCAAACACAUUAUGUGUGGCAGAGGCCAGAAUGUAUGCGUAGGAGAUGAAUCCUAGGUUUGAAGACUUCGGCCGCGAAUAAUUAAUCAGCGGUAAGAACCUUUGGGAGCGGCCGCAAAGACCGCCGGGUCCCCAAAUCGUCGUACGACCAGGCUGAGAAAAACGACAAGAUGAAAGUUUCGUCUGAAAGUUUACUGAAACAAUUGGAUAAUUUCUAAAAGCAGAAGUUCAUGCCAUCGGAAAAGCACCAGGGGUUCUGUUAGGGAGUAGUAUGGAUUGGCCAUAUCACCCAGAUACCUAGACAAAGAUAACAUGUCUGUCCGGCCAAUGUCAAAAUGUCAGACCGUCAAGUACGUGGCCGCAGCUGGCUUCCUGUUUCUCCUUAUUUUAUUUUUCAACUACAACUUACUCCUGAGCGAGCAAUAUAACAGUAAAGUUGAGGAGAAAAAGAGUGAUAGCGAAGAACGGCUGAGACGGCUAGAACGUCUGAUGGAAAGAGAGCACCCCGAGAUAGGAAAUGGACAGCUUGAAAAACGUGUCAACGAAAUUGAAAAACAGAUUCAAGAACGCCUUCCCUCCUCCACAGACCUGUUGAUUAGCGAUGGUCGCAUGAACAAUCUUUUAGGUCGACUGCAGAAAAUAGAAGUGACGUUAAAACUUUUGGAUAAUCAACGCAAGAGUUAUGUGGGCAUAGAUUCCAGAGUAGAUCUGAUAGAAUAUCGUCUUGACAAAAUGGAAAAAAGCAGCAGAAUAGCAAGCAGCAAGAAUGCAAAGAACAAUUCGUGUGAGGUGGUGCAUGACUGGCAGUACCCAUUUUGCGACGAAAAAGUUCAGUGGAUGAAAUCUCGUUGGCAAGACCAAUAUUUGUGUAUCGUUGAAGAACACAAAGUGGAUCCCUUUGACAUGUGUUCCAUAAUCAUCUAUCUGAGUGAGGUUGAGGCUUGGUGUCCUAUCCUUCCAGCCCGACGAAAACUCCCACAAAAUGCACCGGCCAGACGAAAAAAGGCGUUCUUGGAGCGUGCAAACCACAAUUUGAUGGACAGAAUGAAACAAGAUCAUUGGCGCUGGAUGAGGCAAAGGAUUAAGCGAAUGUGGCCGUUGUGGAUAAACGGACUUGAAUCUCUUCUUGGCAAGAACCACCCAGUUGAGGAACACCCUGUCAAAAAGAUUUUCCUGUACAUGGGAUCAUUCGCGAAUAAUCCAGCUUGGUUUCGUCAAGCGUUCUCAGGCGCACCGCUUGGAGAGUUGGUGCAGUGGAGUGACGUCAUCGCGUGUCUUACUAUCCUUGGCCAUCAAGUCAUCAUCAGCACCAGGAAGGAAGAGCUCAGGGACCAUUUAAGUGUCCCAAAAUCAAAGAGUUGUCCAAGUAAAAGACGCGAGGACGAAUAUGACCUUGUGUUCACGGACUAUGUUGGACUAGCAUUUAUGCAGAAAGAACUCGGGCCUAACUUCUCGCAAUACAGAUGCCGGCUUCGCAUUCUCGACUCGUUUGGUACUGAGGCUCAGUUUAAUUAUUUUAAUCCUGACCGUCCCAUUACCAAGAAAACUUCGUCAUGGGGUCACCAGAACCUACAUUUACAGCAAUUCAUGACAAUGUUCCCACAUACUCAAGACAACACGUUUCUUGGUUUUGUCGUGGAAGCCCCUACAAAUAUCACAAAGCCUGUUCUCGAUCCUCCACCGGGAAAGAAACCAAUUGGACUCGUCUACGGCAAGGAUUCUCGAUUUUGGCUUGGAAAAGACAACUAUUUAAAGGUGUUGGCCAAGCACUUGGAGCUCCAUGGGACAGUAGUGGGAUCGAGAAUGGCGGCAGUACCCAAAUCAAUUAAGAAUCACCGUAUCAUGAACGGCCGGGAUUACCAGGCCUUUCUGAGAUCUGUCAAGGUGUAUGUUGGUCUUGGUUUCCCAUAUGAUGGACCUGCACCCCUGGAAGCAAUCGCUCAAGGCAGCGUUUUCCUCAAUGCGAAGCUUGACCCGCCUCAUAGCCGAGACAACACGGCGUUCUUUAAAGAAAAACCAACGGCAAGAAAGUUGUCAUCCCAGCAUCCGUACGCAGAAGAGUUCAUCGGCAAGCCGUACGUAUACACAGUAGAUAUCAGCAACAUGGACGAAGUGGAAGGUGCGAUCAAAGAAAUCCUGACAACGAAGGUGAAACCGUACAUCCCGUUUGAAUGGACGACGCAAGGAAUGUUGGAGCGCGUUAAUGCACUUGUCAAUAAUCAGAACUUUUGUGACCACACCAGUCGUUGGCCACCCAUCGAGGAACUCAAAUUAAUCCAGGGAUUGGAGACGGAGUCUUGUACACAGACCUGUAAGGCAAAAGGUCUACUUUGUGACCCUGCUUUCUUUCCGGACAUCAACAUCUCAAAAUCAUUUCAAACAUUAGGAAUCAAGUGCUCGUCAGAAAUGAGUAAAGACUCGCUUCACGCACCGUCGUACUCUACUAUAGAUGACUCCUGUCUUCUCCAGCGAAGCGCGCUUCUGUUUAGUUGCGGGGAUUCUUCACCAAUUUAUCGCCGCGUUUGUCCGUGUAGAGACUUUCAACCACAGCAAGUGGCGCUUUGCAAAAACUGCUCGUAUUUAUAACGCCACUCUGCUCGUAUUUAUGACGUCAUUAUUUGUCUAGGGAGUCCGACUCCAGCAAGUGGCUGCCCCGUAUCCAGGCGCUUACUAGCGUGACUAAGCGUGCAGGGGAGGGGUAGCGUCCCGUUGACCCUUCCCUUGUUCCUUUGCGCCAGCGCUAAACCUUCCCAUGGCUCAUUGCGCUUACUAUAGUAUAUUUUUCACUUGUUUUUACUGACUUGAGACGCCUGGGUACAAGGCAAAGCAAGCGGCGCCUCAGGAAAAAACAGUUCGUAUUUAUGACUUUUAUCCCUUUUUGUUUAGAGUGUGGAGGGAGGGGUGGGUUCGCCUCGAGCACUUAAGACUUUAUAGCUUACACUGAAUCUUGCUUGGAUAUAAAUGUAGAAAAGAUAGAAAAAAGACUGCAAACCUUAAACGUAUCACCGUAUCUGAUAGCCGUGCAUGCGUUAAAUUAUCCGGAAAGUACAAGAUGUUAGCGUGAAAACUAUUUUGGGUAAACCUAAAAGUUGUUACCCCUGAUGUUUGGAGGUUUAACUUAGAUUUAUGGCGUCUGUAUGCUUUUGUUACCCGGUCCCAUUUAUUCUGCAUGCUGGCUCUAUUUCCAGGUCAGUAAUGUGCAGGAUUUAAAAAAAGCGAAAAAAAGCCGAACGUAAUUUUCAGUACGUCUAUGAUGACAAAAGCUUGCAUCAUUCAUAUAACCUAUUAGGAAACAUUGCUUGAAAAUUUUAAAAUAUUCCUUUAUGAGCGAGUUGGCUUAUUUUAAAUUUUAGUGACGCCAUAUCUUAUACUUUAAAAGGGAGAAAGAAACACAGAAAGGUCGAUACUAUAACAAAAGACUAAAAGUAUUCUAUAUUCUAUAUAAGGAUUUUUAUAGAAGAGUAAACAGUUUUCCAAUAAAUUUGAAUUUUUCAGUGUC